AAUGCCGCUCUGGCAUACGUUCUCUUCCAAUGACGGCGAGUCCGGCGGCGUUAAGGGACGGCUCUCGGGACGGGGUGCAGAACCACCGUUUCCAGCAACGUGUAUGGGGUGACUUAUGCAGCUGCGAAUCUGAAUAGACAUAAGAUUUGUUUCUUCUAUGGUUAGGACCGCGGUCCUCAGGAGCAGAUUAGGCAGGAUUUCCUUUGCUUAGAGAGCUAUGGAGGUGCACUUUGUUUGCUUCUUGCAUCUAUUGCAACUCGAAAAUAAAUUUAAUGGAAAAGGAGUGAAGUUUAGCAAUUGCAUAGCGGCACAAAAAUACAAAUCAUCUCAGAGUAACAGUCUCAGAAACACGAUACGUUUGUAUGUAUCUUCACGCUGUAGAAAUGCAAAAUAACGAACGGCUAAGUGCACUAGUAAAGCAGCAGAACUACAGAUACCAUCAUGCAAUCGGAACAUACGCACUGAGCUCCUCCCCCAUUCGUGCGAGGCUUUGUUUUCAAAUAGUAUAGCCACAUCUUCAUAUUUCUUUCAGGAACUUCCUCGGUGCUAAGUCUCUGUUGAUGGCAACGCAUUGCAUCAGUUGGAAGGGACUGCUCUCUUUAAUACGGUCAUUGCAUCAGGUUGAGAUGAAAGUUCAGGGCAUGUUCUGUGUGGCUCAGCUGUUUGCUGAGACAACUACUUUAUCCAGGAACUACUAAAAAUAUAUUUGCUUACUGAAACCGCUUUAAACAUAGGAUAAAGGUGGUCACUGUGGGUGCUCUUGCUCAGAGAAGACCAACUGAAAUUAAUGAACAUGACUAAAUUAGGUCCAUUAAUUUCAAUAGUCCUACUCUAAGUAAAACUUAGUUAAAUGUGACGCUUUGUGUCAGGUUAAUUGUCAUUAGGGCUAUCCAUAGCAAAGACACAAUUAUCAUUUAAAUAACACUUAAAGAAAUAACAACUGCUUUCCGAAAUGUAUUCCAAAAUGUAUUUAGUUCAUUACCGCAGUCCAAUGAAGUAGUUUAUUUCCAUAUAAUCCAAAUUAUGAUUAUGUGUCAGGGGCAAGUGGGGGAAGAAAGCAUAAUGAUAUAGGUGCUAGAAUUUAAUUAAGGUUUGGGGUGUCAAAGCUAAUUUCCUUGGAAGUAAUAACCAGACUCAUGUGUACUUAAGAUGUGUGUUAGAAGUUGCUAAUCUGGAAUUAGCACAUGUAAAAGCUAGUUAAGUAGGCAGCUUCCUGGAUUGUGUAUUGGACACUGUAAUCCUAGUAAAAUCAACAAGUGUUAAUGAAAUCAGACCGUCUGGAGCAGAGGUUUUCAACCUUUUUGAGUCCACUGCUUCCUUGACCAGCUACAUUCUUUCUGUGGCACCCCUGUGGGGCUCAGGAACCCAGUUAUGUCACCCCUUGCCUGCAGAGCUGGCAGCCUCUCACCCUUUUUCAAACAUGCUCCCUUGUGGAGUGUUCCCUUAGCCUUCUCUCCUCUCUUGUCUCCUUGGGAGUCCUCUGGGCAGCUGCUGCUGCCGCCCCUACCUCACACUGCCCCACAGGGGCCUGGGACUUGUCUGUCCAUUUCCAACAGGAAGGGCUGGUGGACUGGCUGGCUGGGCUCCCUUGCCCGCUUGCUUGCUUACUCCAAGGCCGCCUCAGCUCCUGACAACCAGCACCCCCUGGCCAGCCCCAGAGGCAUCAUUCAUCUGCAGAGCUUGUAGCCAGAACUGCUGCAACUAACAGCUGUACAAGCCUUUGGGAGGCAGAGAUGCAAGAGGGCAUCAGAGGAUGGAGGGAAGGAUGGAAAGAGGGACAGAGGCCAGUGUUGCCCACUGCACCCUUGACCAUUCAAGGCAUCCCAGGGUGCCACGGCACACUGGUUGAAAACCACUUGUCUGGGGGGAUUAACCAUGAGCAGCUCAAAGGAAAUAGGUGUUAGAAUGUAACCCAACCAGAUGGGCGGGAAACAAAUAAAUAAUGAAUGAAUGAAUGAAUGAAUGAAGUCCUCUCUCCCUCUAUAGAUGAAGAGGGCUUAGUUUAGGGAAAGGGUAGUGAUGUAACCAGGACCAGGUGCUUGAAGCCACCUCCCCAUAGAGCACAUCUGUCAGGAGUGAGCUGGUAGUAAAUCACACCGUGGAAGUAGAAGUUCGUUCACAAAGAUGUGAUUGGCACAGACUUGUCAGCCUUCAUGAGCACAGCAAUUUAUCUCUGGUAGCUCUUGUCACCCAUGAAGCAGUUGCUGAUACAGUGGUACCUCGGGUUACAGACGCUUCAGGUUACAGACUCUGCUAACCCAGAAAUAGUACCUCGGGUUAAGAACUUUGCUUCAGGAUGAGAACAGAAAUUGCACAGUGGCAGCUGGAGGUACCUCAGGUUAAGAACAGUUUCAGGUUAAGAACGGACCUCCAGAAUGAAUUAAGUUCUUAACCCAAGGUACCACUGUACUGAAGGUCCCACUUCCCCACAGCUGCCUAAGUCCCCUCCUCUCCAGGAUUCUCCCCCCCCCCCCCGCCCAAGGAAUCGAGAGAUCGCAUCUGCACACAAGCAAUCUCUUCUCCAUCCUUGUUAUGCCUCUUCCUAGGAGACUAGGAUUGAAAUAGUCACUCAGCCAUGAAUUACACUGGGUUACUAGACCAGUCACUGUCCCUCAACCUAAACUCCCUCACAGGCUUGUUAGGAUAAAAUGAGGAGCGGGGAGAACUGUGGUGUGCUCUCCUUGGAGAGAAGGGAUACAAAAGUAAUAAGCUAAAUAAAAAGCAAUUCAAGUUUAAUAAAAUGUGUUUCAUUUUAUAACAUGGAAUAGAACCAGGGCUGGCACUAGAUGUCAUGAAAGUACAACAAAUUGUGGUUUUCAUUAUUGUUUUUUUACUCCCAGAAAAAAACAGAGUUUAUUGAUUUUCUGUCUCUGGUGCAACAUAUUUUGAUAAUAUAUAUAACUUGACUUGGUUUGAAUGGGGGAAGGAAGCGGCAUUCCCCUCAAACAGUAAAACGUCUCGGGCCAGCCUUGAGUUAAAAGGCGACCUUUCCUUUGGGUUGAAGAGCGGCGCGCCUACUGGCGCCACGACCUCCUUCCCCGCCCACUGACGUCCCUAAAAAGUUCCCAUGAUGCUCCGGGAGGGCGGCCAUUCAAACCAGAGCGACGUCGAAGAGCAGAAAAUGGCCGCGCCCGGAGCGACGCAACGAGAAGGUAAGGCCGGGCUUUGGGUCUUCGACGGCGGCCCCUUCCCUUCCCUUGCGGGUCUCUGGGCCUUCGGCAUCACCGCGGCCGAGUGAUGAGGCCGCUCCGCCUUCUCUCUCUUUCUGCGCAGCCGACCUGCCUCGCGUCGCCGACUCCGGCUUGGAACUGCGCGACGCUCCCGCCGUUGCCGUGACUGUGGCGCCGGCGCCGCCCGUGGCUUCGGUUCCCGGCGCCGCCUCCUCGGUGUCUGUGGUUUUCCCCGGCUUCGUGACCCGCGAGGGCUGCUUCCGUUUCACCUCCGAGUUCAUGAAGCACGUCUUGUACCAGAGGCAGCAGCUGCCUUUGCCUUACGAGCAGCUCGCCUGCUUCUCCCGGAGGCAGCUUCCGAAAUCCCCCGGCCAGGUGAGUUGAGGCUGUUCGCGCAUACACGGGAUCGCAUCCUCGCAAUACACGCUGUGCACCCGGGGAAGCGCUGGCUGAGUUUUUCGCUUUCGCUUUAGGAGCAUCAAACAGACACUGGCUCCAGGAUGUUCACUUGUGUGGCAAAAAAGGUCUCUCUCUCGCGCGGUUUUCCACAUGUUUUCAGAGACGAAAGAAUGUGGGUUUUUUGAUGGGGGGUAGGCUAUUAAGCCACAAGUGCGGAUGUAUUCAACUUCCUUUUCCUCAUGCUUGCAACCACAAAUACAAAUUGGGAUCUUUGCUUUACCUCUGGGUGGUUUAGACUUGGUUAAAAGUAUUUCCUGUGUUCUGGAGGUCGCUCUAGAUUCAGCUGCAGUUUAUCUUCGGUGGUUUCAUAUGGUUAUGGCAAGUAUUUGGGGGCAGCCUCUGCAUGGUGAUAACAACUUGUGCAUUUUAAAAGGGAUUUUAAAAAUGGGAGCAAUCAGACCCCAUUAAACUCCCAAUUAUGAGUCUAACAGGGUGACUAAGAUCAUCACAGGCUAACUCUGAUGCAUUGGGUGAAAAUUUACUUAUGCUUUGAGGUUCUGUAGGGUGGAGUAGCCUACCUCACUGAUUAUAUGGGGGAUGGACGCACGUGGUUGGAUUCUUCAUUUAAUUUUGAAGGUUAAAUCAUAUAGCUUUAAUUACUAAUAAUAAUUGUUCUUAGGACUGGAUUAAUCAGGAGUUCUGAAGUAAUGGGUGCUACUGUUGCUGUGUACAUCACAGGGACCCACAAACAGUUCCUACUUCUUGGCAUAUGUACCUGCAACAAUCAUGUGCUGGAAAAUGCAGUAUUACUGGAAGGAGGGAAUAACUCAGUUGGUAGAGCAUGGGGUUGUGCGUUCCAGCCCCACGUUGGGCAAAAGAUUCUUGCAUUGCAGGGGGUUGGAGCAGAUGACUCUCGUGGUCCCUUCCAAUUCUAUGAUUCUACUGUUUCGUUAUUAUAAACUUUGAUAAUGUGCCUUUACCACUUUGGAAUCAUUACCAUGGUGUCAAUUGUCUGCUGUGGCUAGAGUUAUAAUCCCCCUGAAGAAGCAGGUUCACAAUCUGGAGGUACUCCUGGACCCACUUCUGCUACUAGUGGUCCAGGUAACCUCAGUGGCUAGGGCAGCCUUUUAUCAGCUUCAAUUGGUAAGACAGCUGUGGCACUUCCUGCAUCAGGUUAGCCUGACCAGUUAAUCAUACACUGGUAACUCCAGCUUGGUUUACUGCAGUGCACUAAGUGGGGCUGCCCUUGAGGCUGAUCCAGAAGCUGCAGCAAGUGCAAAACGUGGCAGUUGGACUACUUAUUAGGGCAGAACAGCAGAAUAUGACCAUUGUAUUAUGCCUCUGCUGAAGGAAUUCCACUGGCUGCCAAAUGGCUACAGAGCUUGCUCCAAGGUGCUGUUAUUGGAGUGUGCAUCCUACAGGUACCAUUCUACCAGGUGGUCUGUGACACACCAUGUUGGAAUGGUGUCUUCAGUGUGGCAGCAUCUGCCCUUUGAAACUCCCUCCCACUGCAUAUCAGGCAGCAGCUUUCUCCAUUGGUGUAUCAGUGCCUGCUUAAGAAGUUCUUCUUUUAACAAGUCCUCUAAAAUCUUUAUCCCAGUUGGUAUCUACCCAGGACCUGAAUUGAUGUUAUAUAUAUAUAUAUGUGUUGCUGUUUAAAAAACUAUAAAUAUAAAAAAAGUUUAAAAGUUGCUUUUAAACUUUUUAUAUAUGCAACAGUUUUAUAUACGUUACUUCAUUGUAAAUCACAUCUAGAUAGAUGACUCACGGGAAGAGAUUCAUAAAUAAAAUAAUAACAAAUGAUGUGGUGAGCUGGUCUGUAGUGAACAUGGUAUAAUACACCAUUAUGACUAGCUCCUGGCAAAGAGAUAAAUCCUAAAAUAAAGAUUCACUGCUUAUAAUUAAUGGCCAUGAGCUUACUAUGCACACAUGAUACUUCCUAGCAUAUAGGUAGUUGUAGUAUUCUAAUAGUUGUCCCUAAUCUGCUAAUAUUAAUAACAGCAAAUUUAGCUAUUAUAGAAAUGACUUACAAUAUGGCUAACCCCUGGCUAGCUUCGUACGUUAAGGUACUCACCAGCUACACCUUUUUGGCAUCUUCCAGAGCUUAGAGAUCUGAUUGACUGGCAGUCGUUCUUCAGAUUUGUACUUUUGGCCCCCUACCAGAGCUCCUUUAAUACGACGACUGAACUUGGAAUGGCUCUUGCAUUAAUAGGGAUAUUAUUCAUUGUAUGAAACAUACUAAGCAGACAAAACCUCACAUUUUCUAAUUUUCUAAAGCAGCGUUUUGAACUCCUGCAUUAUAUCUUCCUAGCCAAGGCUGCAUCUUCUAUGGAACUUGCCUGUUGUAUGUUUGUUGGUUUAGUAUGAAACUGGGAACACCUGCUUUUAUACUUGUUUUGACACCUUCCGAAGGACAGACAUACUGUUCGCAAACCUGAUCAUAUUCCGAUGCAGAUUUUAUGGUGUGAGAGAAACUUUGGGUGAAAUGGCACUACAGAAAUAAUAAGUCUUUGUAUUUAUUGGGGGAAUGAAUUUCCAUAAUUUAAUUGGUGCUGUGCAGCAGUUAAGAGAAAAGUGGUCACUGAAGACAAACCACCUUAUUAGUAACUGGCUUAUUUAAUUUAAGUAGUGAUUUUGGUUUGUUAUGAUUAUGACACUUUCUGGUUUGUUCUAUAUGUUAUCAAUUAUAUGCCUGGACUUUGAGAUAAUGUGUGAAAUAACUAUAUUCGAGAUUAAAUAUUGUCAUCUUUCCCCCUAAAAUAUUGACAUCUUUUCAACUACCUUAAUCUCACAGGAUGAAGAUGUGGUUAAAAAAAUCAAUCCAAAAGAUCAAGACAGCAACAACAAGAGGUGUCAGCAAGUACUGAGUGAACUUGAAGGAAUGUUUCAGCACUUAGAAAACAUGUUCAGUUUGACAUUGGUCCCACGAGUUCUUAUUCUGCUUGGGGGCACUGCUGUCAGUCCCAAAGAACUCUAUGAGAUCAAUCUGCAAGGUAUCUCCAUGAGCAGUGCUGAUGAGAGUCUGCAGACAGGAGCCUGCAUUCGCAAGCUUUUCCGUUCGCUCUUCCUGGCAGAUGUAUUCAGCGAGCUUCAAGCCGUUCCCACUAUGGGUGUUGUUGUUAUGGUUCAAGGGCACCGCAACUGUGGCGUUAACUGGUUCAGACCGAAACUAAACUACAAAGUCCCAGCCCGAGGGAGGAAGUUGACGGUCAGCUUAUCGUGCAGUCACAGCAAGAAUACAGCCCUUUCUGCCAAUCAGGAGAUGAACUUUAACUUGGAUGAUUACAUAUGGUUUCAAGCUCCAGUGACAGUGAAGGGCUUUCGUUACUCUUGACAACGUUUUUAAGAGAGAAUGCUUAACUUCCUGUCUCCGUAUUGCUUUGUAAUAAAUCUGAUCAGCUGCAGCCACAAGUUCCCCUAAUUUGAACCUUUUUGCCAGACCCUUUAGAAAUCUGUGAUGAGCAGAUGAGCACUAUCAUAUUCUCCAGAGUUAACUUCCUUUCAAAAUGAUGGAGCUUAGAAGCAGAUCCACCCAGGAAUAUAGGAAGGGCCUUUGGGGAAUUGAUUCAAAAGGGAAAAGAGAUUGCUUUAAGGCCUACGAAACCUAUUACAUGAUACUUGAAAUAGUUAUACCAGCGGGGGAACUUCCUGCAUAAUAUAUUAUGAACAAUGUUUACAGGUAGAUAACUACAAUGUUCAUGCAUUGCUUUGGUUUCUGUGAUUGGUCAAGAAUCUGGUAAAAGCCAUAUAACUUUCUGCUUUUUCCUGAGUAAUAAAUGUUACUGUCUAAGGAGCUAUUGUAAGGGUUGUGGCCAUAAUUAAGAGCAGCACAAAUCCCCUCAACACUGGAGGCCUAAUCACUUUUAAAGUUUGCAUCCCCAGAGGAUUAUUAGAGUGGGAAAAGUUGGUUUAGAAAUAUUUAUCUGGUGCUACGCAGGUGCUUUGAACUACAACUCCCACCAUCCCUGACCAUUGAUAAUGCUGGCUUCAGGUCCUGAGAGUUACAGGGCACGUGGGGGGCACUAGGGAAGGCUGCUUGUGAACAAUGAUUUGUCUGAAAAAUUACAAAUUGGGGUGAAAACACUUUCUAAAUUGUGGAAUGUAAAAUAAUGGAAGCCUUUUUGGCUGAAGAGUAGGGUACAAAUGUUAUCUCUCAUAUUGAAAAGUUCAUUUUGCUUUCCUAACAGUUUGCGUACAUGAGUACUCUGAUUAAGCCUCCUCCUGUGUUUGUCUCCGUUAGUCAAAACUAGAAGCUAACAUUGUUAAUGUGAUCUUUUUGGAAAAGGCUCUGAAGUACAAUCUUUGCUGUAAUAUCAGCUUCUAUAAAGCUGCACAAGAUGUUUUGCUCAUCUUUAAUUGCUUUGAUCAAAGUGAAGCUAUAGUUUUGCCUUCCCAUACCUGGUGUCCUCCCAUCAGCCUCAGCCUGCAUACCCAGUGGUAAAGGAUGAUGUGAACUGUUAUCCAAAGCAUCUACAGGGAAUAAAGUUGGUACUGAUGAUGUAAAAGCAGAUGACAAGGCAGGUUCUCUACUCAUUUGCCACAGUGUACCAUGGCACUGAUUUUCUUCAUCAAUGAAGGUAAAUUGCAGGGUAGGGCUGGGGGGUUGGGACAACCACUGUUGGGCAAGCAUUAAAGGAAGUAGCAUCUUGUUCCAACCAAUGGGCAACAUUUUACUUAAUGUGAACAUACCCACUAUGAAGGGUCUGAACGCUUUACACUGAAGUGAGGGAAGAGGUUAGUUAGUUCAAGAAGUGUGGCUUUCCUGAGGAUAGAUCCCUAUGUGUUUAGGUGGGAGUAACAUUUAUCAAAAGAAGCUCAUGACAGAUGUAAGGAUAAUUGGAUGUAAUAGGUUUUCCUCAGUUCCCUAAGGAAAGAUUUUUGGGAUGGGAAGCAGGAGUAAUAAGGAUUUUGUUCUGCUUGGAAGUUUUCAGGUUAAAGUUGAGACCUAUGGGAGAUCUAAGAACAGAUGUUACUUCUUGGGCCAAAGGCACUUGAGCUCCAUUUAAACUAUUAUUUAUUUACAAAGCUGCUUGCCUGUUCUGGGCCAGAAAAGUUGCAAACUUUAAGGGAGAGUUUCUCUAGUCUCCAGCAUUAUGGAUUUUUUGACCUUUGGGACAUUUUUGUAUUGUGUUCUAAUUGUUCUGGGAGAGGCUAAACAAACAUCCUGCUUUUAAAAAAUGCCUGUUGAAGGAUAACAGAAGCACAAAAGAAGCUGCAUCGGUUACUGUAGAACAAAAUAUUAUAGCUACUGAAUGUAUUUUUUUAAAACAACAACACUUUUUUCAGAGAAAAUAGCAUGGAUUAUGAGGAAAGUUGCCUUGCCUUCUAAAAGGCUGCCUAUAUAGUGGAGCCCAGCCCUUGACAGUGUUCCUAAUCCUAACUUUAUAGCCCCUACAUGCAAACUCAGUGGUAAUCCACUAUAAUCUUACAAUGCAGAACGCUGUGUUAAAAAGGUUGAGGAACUGUUUCUUCCCACUUGCCAUAUUUCCUUGAGGAAAAUCUGUUGGGGGACUACAAGGCAGUAGUGGGUGAGGUUCAUAGCCACUAAUACACACCCUCAUUCCAUUCGCCUCUCUCUCUCUCUCACGCCACCUUUCCCCCUGCACAGCAGUUAGGCUUAUACUGGCACCAGUGCAAGCUGUUUUUCACAAGAGGGGAGCUCCUUCCCAGCGGUAACUUUCUACCAAAAAUUGUCAUCCUUGCAUGGCAGUUUGCUUCCAUUGAAGCAGCUAAAGCCUAUUUUCUAAAGCAUAAUUGCACAAAGCAUAAUCCUGGGUGAGGCAGGACUGAAAGAGGAGAGGCUGCUUGCCAGAUGAGGAGGUUCCUCACCCCUGGGAAAUGUUUCUGUUUGAUUUUUGUGAAGGUGAAAUGAAAUGUAAAAGGAAUCUGUCUUGUAACAAAUCUUGUAAAAUCAUAAUAAGACAAGAACGCUACUACUUUGGCUUUAAAAACAAGUUGCUUUAAUGUAAACAGUGUCUUUUCCCUUUUUUCACACUACUUUGUAUGGCUUCCACAGCUAGCCUCAUAGAAAAAUACUUGCCUACCCAAAACCUAAGGAGUAAAUACAUGCUUUAAGUACUGUUUAGUUGUUGGAAAGCUUCCAACUUUUGGUUCAUAGAGCUCUCUGCAAUGCUUGUGCCAUUUAAUAUUAACUUACAGGUGUUCCACCUUCUUCACAAACUGCCUGAAGUCUUGAGCUAAAAGUGCCGGUUCCUCGAAGGCAGCAAAAUGUCCGCCCCGUGGCAUGUAGGAAUAGGUGACAAUGUUCUUAAACAACUUCUUUGCCCAGGAACGUGGGAUAUGAGUAAGUUCACCAGGGAAGGCAGCAAUACCAGUAGGAACAUAGACUUCAACCCUGUAGCAGAAGAUACCAUAACUUCUCAAGAGCUUACUAGAUAACAUAGGAACUGCAAAACACUUUAUCUUGGUAAACCUCACAUGCUCUUCCAUAGCUCACCCAUUAAUACAUAUUGUAUCCUUUGUCUUCAAUUUUUUACCAUGUAUGCAAACUAAACUAUGGCUGGUUCGCUAGUUAUAGCCGUUCCUGGACUGGGACAACCUGCCUUUAUAACUCUUGUUCUAAUAACCACAUAACUGGAUGUGGAAGCGUUCCACAAUGUGGUCUAUAUGGUAUGGGGUUUAAGUACCUGUUGAAUCCUGCUAUGAGAUCUUUGAGGGAGGCCAUGCUCAAGGUCCCUUUGCUGUGUAAUGAUAAGAGAUAGGGCCUUCUCCUUGGUGGUACCCCAUUUCAGAAUGUCUGUCACCAAAGUGGAUAAUUUUCAGGAGUGCACUGAAGGCUCAGACUUUGGGGGCAUAAAUGUGAACUGGAUUCCAAUAGUGUCUUGUCUGCUGCAUUACGGGAGUUGUAUCUAGAGAUGCACUCAAAUGUUUUAAUUGUAAGCUGCCCUGAGCUCUUAUAGGAGAAAUAAUAUAACUUUACUAGUGAAUACUAAUCGCCGAAGAAUUGAUGCUCUUGAAUUAUGGUGCUGGAGGAGACUCUUGAGAGUCCCAUAGACUGCAAGAAGGUCAAACGUAUCCAUUCUUAAGGAAAUCAGCCCUGAGUGCUCACUGGAAGGACAGAUCCUGAAGCUGAGGCUUCAAUACUUUGGCCACCUCAUAAGAAGAGAAGACUCCCUGGAAAAGACCCUGAUGUUGGGAAAGAUUGAGGGCACAAGGAGAAGGGGACGACAGAGGACGAGAUGGUUGGACAGUGUUCUCGAAGCCACAAACAUGAGUCUGAACAAACUGCGGGAGGCAGUGGAAGACAGGAGUGCCUGGCGUGCUCUGGUCCACGGGGUCACGAAGAGUCGGACACGACUAAACAACAACAACUAAUAAUAUAUUGGCAACCAUGAGGGCUAAAUGGUUCUCUUCUUGCAGAUGGGUUGCAAGAGAGUUGGGUUUGAAGCUUUCAUUCCAGCUUUAUAGCAACAAUGGACCCUGUGAUAGUUUUGGUAAUUGGGAAAGAAGCCAUCAUGGACUUUCUUCUCAGUGAAUCAACUUAAAACUUGGAGAACAAUUACCUGAUCUUUAGGCAUGGCCAAAGAAUUCCAUAAUGCUAGUUGGGGCUUUGUUUAUUUCCUUUGAAUCAAAGCAUGUAAGAUUUCAAAACUUGCUUUCAAAAACAAAUUUGUUGUUUUGGAGAAAAUACUUCUGGAUGUGAUGAAACAGGAAUAUUGUGCUUCUGUUAUGUAACCAGCUAUUGCUACUACCACCAUAACAGCUAUAAAAAUGCCUUAAGACAGAAAGCACAGCAUCUUUGCAGUGCAAUGACUUCUCU